AUGAUCUACCGCGAAGUACUCGUCUCAGGACGACCCAUCCGCCCAAGAUCACUGGGCCCUUCAGACAACCCAGUACACCUUGCCCUUUUCUUGACUUGCAGACAAGUCUACCACCAGGCAUGCGAGAUUCUCUACAAGGAGAACUGUUUUGCCUUUGGACCGGGCAUCUUAUCAAGACACGUAUCUUACGUCGCAAAGUUGACGGCCCCAACAGGCCCUCAGGCCAAGUCUGGACGCAAGACGAAGUCGAAAAACUCCAAGAACCUUACCACAGCCGAGAAAGCAGCAUCCAGGAACAAGGCCAAAUGGAAUGAUCAUCUCGUACCCGUUGUCAGGACGGCCUCGCCGAGUAGCGAUAUCAACUUUUUCCUCGACCACGUAUCCAGAUCAAACGCAAAGCUCAUCCGACACGUCCAGAUUCGAGCAUUCCCGUGGCGGUGUUGGAGCGACGACGACGUUCUCGAAAAGGAGGUUCGACCCCUGGUCUCGGCUAUCGAGAGGCUUCCCUGCGCCUUCAGGACUUUCAACAUUAUCAUGCCCGGAGAUAUCGAAAAGUCGAUGAUCAACGCGAUGAAACCUUCGAAGGAUAUGCCGCCAGGCUUCGAUGAUAUAUGGCCUGAACACACAUUGGUCAACCCCGAGGAGAAGAGCAUUUGCACCUUCCUGGCGGAUGUCUACAAGUUGAUGAGGCGCAUUCGCAACGUCCAGGAAGUGUUGAGAGUGGACCAUCCCGGGACGCCGUCUAAUCAACAGAGCAAAGCGAAGGAGUUUCUCAGGCAGGCUGGAUGGAAGAACGUUGGCGAUAUUGAAGAAGUACCUGAGGCUCCUCAUCCUAUGCUUAGGUACAUCGAGAAAGAGCUUGGCGUGGACUUGAGAAUAUGGGGAUAA